GUCCUUCUGUCAACGCGCGAAGUCCAUUCUUUAUUAACUGUAGGGUGUCAGCCCCCCAAGAGAAAAGGUUCAUACAUAUUUUCCUUUCCUUUUUGAUUCCUGCAUUUCCUCUAUUGUUUCCCGCUUGAAGGGUUUGAACGGAAGAUUAAGACAAGGUGGCUUCAGACAGUGCGCAAUCUUCGGGUCCGAGGGAGGUUAGGGACCCCGAGCUGGUUCUCGACACUCACGAUUCGGAUGAUGAAAUGCCCUUGAAUCGCCCAUCUAUGCAUCGCCCAGCCGACACCCGAGCAAACCAGCCUUUGCUCAAGGAUGACCACAGAGGGCGACUGUCAAACGCCAGCCUGGGCCAUGGGGAGGCAGAGGCCAGGCCCAUGCUACACCAUUCGCGGCGGCCUACAAUCAGGGGUGUGAGCCCGGAGCGCAACGCGGAGCAGGAGACUCGGCGCAAGUACAUGAUCGCGUCGGGAUUCCUGUUGUUGAGUCUGGCUAGUUUCGUGGUGCAGACGGAGACCGCGGUAUAUAUUCAGCAUGAGUUACACUGGGAUAAACCAUACUGCAUGCUCUAUCUUACACACGGUUCCUGGGCCCUACUUUGGCCGGCACAACUCCUCAUCCUCCGAUUGCAGCAGCGUAAACUCUCAUGGACAGCGUUCUGGCGACGCCAUGUCUAUCUCCUUCGGACGACCGCCAAGAUGGUGGAAGCUCAAGAUCUACACCUCACUUCUCGCGACUCCCAACGAUCACCGGUUCGAUACAUGCUCAAAACGACCGCGUUUGUCACCACCGCUCUCACCAUAGCCGGUGGCUCUUGGUAUGUCGCGGUCAACAUGACAACGGCCAGUGACUUGACCGCGAUCUACAACUGCUCCGCCUUCUUCGCCUAUGCGUUCUCCAUACCCCUACUCAACGACAAGCUUCGCUUUGACAAAGUGUUUGCCGUCGUGGUAGCCAUUUUCGGCGUUCUGGUCGUCGCGUAUGGAGAUAGGGACGAAAGUAAGAAGACUGCAGAUGGUACGGUCGGCAAAGCGCAUGAUGAGGCAGAAAAUAGACUCUUCGGGAACAUCAUUAUCGGAGUUGGCAGUGUGCUCUAUGGGUUGUACGAGGUGCUCUACAAGAGAUAUGCUUGCCCUCCAGAGGGCACGAGUCCCGGCCGGAGCAUGAUCUUUGCCAACACUUUUGGCAGCCUCAUUGGGUGCUUCACCCUGCUUGUUCUCUGGAUUCCUCUGCCCAUUCUCCAUAUCCUGGGCUUGGAAACGUUUCGCUGGCCUACUGGUGAAGCUGCAUGGAUGCUUAUGAUCUCUGUCCUUGCUAAUGCUACAUUCUCCGGCUCCUUCCUGGUUCUCAUCUCGCUCACUUCCCCCGUCCUCUCUUCUGUAGCAGCGCUGCUUACCAUCUUCCUCGUCGCCAUCGCCGACUGGCUCCGAACCGGCCAGCCCCCCUCCGCCGCGGCUAUCAUCGGCGGUAUCCUUAUCAUUGGUGCCUUCUUCCUGCUAAGUUGGAGCACAUACCGAGAAAUGAACGAAGAACGCAAGAAAAGCAUGGCAAAUGACCAGUCCGAGUCCGACCUCGAUGAAUAGACAUCGCUUUAUUAGACGGGACCUAUAUACCCUUCCUACCCGCUGGUGGAGUCCUGUGUUGUUUUCCAUUGGUCGCGCGGAUCGAUCUAUGGCUUUAUCAUCUCAUAUCUAUUGCCUUCAUCUGUGUAUAUGCAUUUAUCAGGAGUACUUUCACACUUUGUUUCUAUAGUAUAUAGAAAGAUAUAGACUUGGGAGGAACGGUUUCGG